AUGGAAGCGGUGCAUGAAUACAUCAUCCCUGUCCUCCAAAACGCCAGCAAAUACAUCCCCCCCUCGGUCUCCCUGCAAGCCCUCUCAUACUACAGCACAUUCAACACACACUUCCACAUCGUGCAACAAGAAUAUCUACAACCCUACGUCAUCUCCCCACUAUACACCCUCAUAAACUCCCCACCAGACCUCCCCUCAGUCCUCAUCCUCUGCGUUAUCCUCUACCUCUCGCUCAGGAUCCUCGAUUACGCCCGUCGCAUCAUCGCAUUCUGGGUCGUACUGUUGUUCCGGCUCGUGUUCUGGGGUUCGAUACUUGGUGGCGGGUAUUACGUGUAUGUUGUUGGGUUUGAGAAGGCGUCGAGGGAUGUGGGAUGGCUACUAGGUGUGCUUGAGGGGUUUAUUGAGGAGUUUGUGGCCAGCAGUUGGGAUGGGAAGCCGGCAGGGGCGGAUGGUGCGUCGCCGAUAUACUGGCGGACGCGACGGGAGCAGGGGAGGAAGCGAACGAGUUGGAUUUGA